UCCAAUAUUUCAUUACCAAGAAAUGGCUUCCAGCUUACAAGAACUGCUCGCCGAGGAAGGACUUGCGCUCCAACGCAGGAAACUUCCCAAGACUCGAAAGCCUGUGAAUCCUAGCAAGAGAGCACAACCACACGAGUCACCUGCGCUGCCUAUGUACAUCUGCCAUGACCGAAAUUCUUUCCAUAUCUCGAAACAGAAGAUCGAGAAGACUAGUUCAAAAAAAGGGUCUUUGGUAUUCUCGUCUCAAAGGGUGCUGUCGGAAUCAGAGGGAUCAAAUGCCAAGUCAUGGGUGCCAGAGGGUUCAAGAAGAGAUGAGCUUGCAAUUGAUGAAGCAGCCAUUAGAGCUGUGAUUUCUAUUCUCACCGGAUACAUUGGAAGGUACGUAAAAGAUGUGAAAUUCCGGGAAACAGUUCGGCUGAAGUGCAAGUCUUGCUUGGUGAGAAAAAAGAUGGAACCUGAUAAUGGAAUUUUUAUGAACAUGGAACUCGGUAUUGAGAGCGUAGAGAAGUUGGUAGAAGAUCAAGCGACCAGGAAGGAACUAAGGAUGAAGACAUUAAGAAACUCCAUUCGGCUUCUAAGCAUCGUCGAUUCCUUAAAUUCUAGAAAGUCAAAGAAUGGUUCAACAUGCGGAACACCCAAUUCUCACAUUUCUGCGUGUGCUCAGCUAUACUUGGCAAUUGUCUACAAGUUUGAGAAAAACAAUCGGAUUUCUGCUAGGCACCUACUUCAAGUUUUCUGCGAUUCGGCAUUUUUAGCUCGAACCCACUUGCUUCCUGAUCUUUGGGAGCAUUUCUUUCUUCCCCAUCUUCUCCAUCUCAAGAUAUGGUACACUAACGAAGUCGAAACUCUCUCGAACUUGGACUAUGUUAAGAAGGAGAAGGUAAUGAAGGCCUUGAGCAAAGCAUACAAUGAACAAAUGGACAAGGGAACUGCUGUCUUUGCUCUUUACUAUAAAGAGUGGCUUAAAGUUGGGGUUAAGGCCCCUCCAGUUCCUAUUGUGCCCUUGCCAUCAAAACCCAGCUAUGGAUCAUCGAAAAGAAGAUCAUCAGAUUCUUACACUUCACAGUCCUCCAUGAACAGGAACUUAUACCGAGACGUGCUCGUCCCAACAUUUGAACGGAGAUCUAUGGACCUGGUUGAUCCAGAUGGACCUUCAAUGGAUACUGGGGAUUUGAAGGAAGAGGUGAAACUUUGCACACACGAAGAUAACUGCAGUUUUGUUAAUAAAGGAGAUAGGACUCAUCGAAGGUCAUCAAGCCAAAACUUAAGAGAUUCGAGAGUUGAAUUAUGCACUGAGACUAAAAAUGCAGAUUAUAUCGAAUUCCUUGCUUGCCGAAGUAUGCCAACAGAACGCAAUCACACGGCCCAGAUAGGUUCGGUCAGAAAGGAGGAAAAUACCCAUUCAAGUGAAUUAAGCAGAGCCAUUUACACUGUUUGCACCUCGGAUUCUCUAAGCGAGUGUGAAAUUUCCAUUCGUAUAAUCUGCAAAGCCUGGUUGGACUCACAUGGUGAUCCUGUCAUUGAAGCUGCAUUAUCAGAAGCCUCCAUUAUUGAGGGGAUGCUAGAGGUUUUAUUUGCUUCUAAAGAUGAUGAAAUUUUAGAACUCAUAAUAUCGAUUUUUGCUGAAUUUGUAGGAAGGAAGGAGGUGUUUAGGCGGAUUAUACUGAAUUCAGAUCCACGGCUAGACAUUUUCCUGAGACUUCUGAGGAGCAGCAGUCUAUUUGUAAAGGCUGCUGUUCUGCUUUACCUAUUAAAGCCCAAGGCAAAACAGAUGAUAUCAUUUGAAUGGGUGCCACUAGUCCUUCGAGUAUUAGAAUUUGGAGAUCAUAUGCAGAUCCUAUUUACAGUACGGUGCAGUCCUCAAGUGGCAGCAAUAUACCUUUUACACCAACUCCUUACAGGUUUUGAUGAAGAUAGAAACUUAGAGAAUGCUAGACAGGUGGUUUCUCUGGGGCGAAUGAACCUUCUGGCUCAAGGAAUUGAGAGAGGGGAUUCUCAUGAUAGGAGCAAUGCUGCUUUGCUCAUGUCGAGAUGCAUUCGAGCUGAUGGAAGCUGCCGAAAUUAUUUGGCUGAAAAUUUGAACAAAGCAUCUCUCCUUGAACUUCUUGUUCUCGAGUGCCGCAAGAAUUCUAAUAGCUGUGCUUUUGCUUUACUAACCGAGUUACUCUGCCUUAGUAGAAGAACCCGGAUGAUAAAGUUCUUAUGCGGACUGAAAGAAGCUUGGAGUGGUAUGAACACCAUGAACAUUUUAUUAGCCUAUCUCAAGAGAGCCCCACCAGAAGAAUAUCCACUGGCCGCAGCAAUUUUAUUGCAGCUUCAUCUUCUGGGUGAUACUACGAAGUACAGUGUAUAUAGAGAAGAAGCUGUUGAGGCAGUGAUAACUUCUUUGGACUGUCGACUAUGUAACAAUAAGGUUCAAGAACAAUCAGCGAGGGCUCUUCUGAUGUUGGGAGGCCAUUUUUUCUAUAGUGGAGAGGCAUCAGCAGAAAGUUGGCUUUUACAACGAGCAGGUUUCCAUGAGAAUACAGGGGAUUCAUUUCGUAGCAAGGAAAUUGUUAUUGAUGGCUUCAUACACUCAAAUGAAGAGGAAGAGGCGAUAGAAGAUUGGCAAAGGAAAGCAGCCACCGUCUUGGUCCGAAGUGGGAAUAAGAGAUUAUUGGCUGCCCUUUCAGAAUCCAUAGCCAAUGGCAUCCCGAGUUUAGCACGAGCAAGUAUCAUUACUGUCACUUGGAUGACCAGCUUUCUCCAUUCAGUUGGAGAAGAAGAUUUGCAGUCCAUGGCAUGCUCAAUUCUCAUGCCACAAUUGCUUGAAUCUCUGUAUUGCAGGAAAGAUACCGAGGAAAGAGUGCUAGCUUCAUACUCACUACUGAAUCUCUUUAAGAACUCAGAAUGUGUUUCUAUGCUCUCAUCAUGGGAUAAAGAAUUGCUGGGCAAUCUCCAGAAUCUCUCGCUAGUGACAUGGACAGCUAGGGAGCUUAUUUCUAUCAUCACAUGCAGCAGCUCGAGGCAAUAGCUGGGAAAUGGAAGCAAAUCAUCAACUUUAAACUCCCUUUUUUCUCGCUAUUCACAGACCAGUGUUGGAAUCUCUUUACCUGUAAGUUAAGGAAAGAAUAUCUGGAGAAUGUUGUUAGGGUUGAGUGUAUGUGUAAUAUUUCCUCCGUCGAUUUUUUUUUUUUUUUUC